UGUUGUUCCGGAUCGGCUGUGGACCUCACACGAGCUCGUCUGCAGUCAUGAAGACACACUGAGCGCCUGCAACAGGUCUGACAGAAUGACACACAAAUGAAGGCGUCCGUCCGGCCCCGCUGACCCUCAUGCCACAUUCAUGAUGACGGGGCUCACUCGGGAACAUGUGUAGCGUUCACUACGAUCACAGUCUGGCGGCCAUGAGCGGCAGUGACAUCAUGGCUCACUCUCUGAGUCUGGAGCAGAAGACGGCGUUCGCGUUCGUGGGCAUGCUGCUGGUGUUUCUCGGGCUCUUGAUCGUCAGGUGUUUCAGGAUUCUGUUGGAUCCGUACAGCAGUAUGCCCUCAUCCAGCUGGGGCGAUGGACUCGAGGGGCUCGAGAAGGGGGCUUUUGAAUACGCCCUGACCUGAGACACGCCCACCCGCUCUAGACAAACAAAAACGCUGUCAACACAGACGUGUGGCCCGCUCUCAUGACCGUGUGCUUCGCAGUAUGAUGUCAUCACAUUUAGCCAAUGAGCAUAUCUCAGGGAAGACGAGCGAAUGAAAUCAAGAUGGCCGCCGUGUCUGGAAUGAAGUGAACCCUUUCAGUGUCAGUCCAUGAGCUGUAAUGAUGGACGUUCUCUGAAGACAUGUUGGCUUGAUUGAACUAAACGACCCUGUGUUUGAAGAGCGUAGCCAGAGACAAACUCUACAUGCACACAUUGACGUGACAAAUUAAAGGGACAAUUCCAGUGUUUUUAUAUGUUUUCACGUGCUUCAAAAAGUUGAAAGUCAUUUACUUUCAUGUGUUCAAGGCCGAUGAAGAACUUUACAGACCAUAGACAGAACACAAGAGACAUCAAAAAUAGCACAUGUCAAAUGAUGUGUAUUGCAGGAAAACUGCUAGAAAACAAGCAUGAUAACGUACAAUGUUGGAGUUUUCAUGUAUUAUUAUUGACAUAUUCUUUCAUCGUUUACUCGUCCUCAUGUCGUGUCAAACCUGCAUGAGCAUCUUUCUUCUUCACAACACAACAGAAGAUAUUCUGAAGAAUGUCGAUCAUCAAACAACUCUCAACUCCACCGACUUCCAUUGUGCGAACACAAAACCACCGAGACAUUUCUCGGAAUAUCUUCUUUUGUGGUCCACCGAAGAAUGAUUGCGUACAGAUUUCCAAACACAUGAGAGAUGAGAAAUGAGGAGGAAUCCUGGAGCGGUGUAGAGUUUGUCUCUGGUCUGACUACUGUCAUCCGUGUUUGUUUCUGCUCGUGAGAGCGUAUGGCCGCGUGACGUCUUCGCACAGCUCAUCUCAUGUGUGUUUAGUGCCUCUAACAACACAAUCACUCACUGCCUCCUCUGCAUACUCUCACUGUGAUGGAGGAAGGGUGUGUCACCAUGACAACAGCAUCCUGCUGGAUACUAACAGAAGUUCAUCUGCAGUGUUCUAGUGCUGUCGAUCUGCCUUACUGUUAUUCACACUGAAUUCCGUGCCUUCAUUUAGCAGCGAUAGAUGAUGAUGAUGAUGAUGAUGAUGAUGAUCACUGUUUGUCUGAUGAACGUGGAUCUCUGUCAUGGUUCUGUGUUCAUCUGCUGGAAUAAAACUCAACUGUGAACUGUUAAUAUUCGGUGUGAAUUUCUUUCAUAAAAUCUGAAGUUAAACACCAUGUUCAUGUCAGUAUAAU